AUGCCCCCCCACCCCCCACCUGUCCUCCUGCGCAAGGGGUGUUAUUCCGUUUGGAGCCCUCCUCCCUCUGUGCCAGGGAGCUGUUCUCUUCCUUCUUGCAUAUUAAACUUUCUGCUCCUUAAUCCACUCCAUGUGUGGGUCCGUGUCACUAAUUUUCUUGGUGUGAGACAAAGGACUUUGGGUGUUUCCCCAGACAAUGGAGCCAUUUCAGUAGGUUUUAAUGUUGUAGAUAUAGGUGAGAAAACGAAGGCUUAUAAAGGUCAAAUAAUUGUGUUUUGUCAUACGAUGUUUAAAAAGUCAAAUUCAUCUUUAAAGGGCAAAGUUUGGUUGCCACGAACACUAUCCAAUAAAAAGAAUCCUAGAUGUGAAGAGAAAUCCACAGGUGGCACCAGGAAAACGAUUGUUGCAUAUACGCCAUGCUCCAGCCACCCACACUUUGGCAGUGGCCCACUCCAUUUCCAUCAUCAACACAGCUGUCAGAAGAAUCUCCCUAAUGUAAAUCUAAAAGCACUAAUGACUACCAUAUAUCAAAUACUUGCUAUGAGCUUUAUCUACCUUUCCCAAAUUCUCCAAAUAGCCCCUCAAAGCAGAGAUAGAUGUCUCCUCCUUAAUGCUGCACGUCCUUAUAAUAUUUCUACCAUAAUAUUAAGACAUGUUAUAAUUAUUUAUGUGCCAAUAUCUCCCCCUCCAGAAUAUGAAAUCAGAGAAUCUGUCUUAUUCAGCUUUUUAGCCUUAGCACAUCACAUCAUGACUAGCAUGCAGCAGACAUUCACUCUCUUCUGUACAAUGCUUCAUUCCUCUGAUAAACUUUCUAUCCUGGUUCUAGUUCCCUUUCAUUUUCGACCAUUCACACUGCUUUGUGGAUCUCAGUGUAAUGAUGCCUCUCUGGAAAUAGAGGAGGCAGUGGGAAAACUCGAAGAACUCACUGAGUCUGAAGUUCCACCAAAAACAUCUAAACAAGAGACAGCGAAGGAGGAAGAUGAAUCUGUAGAACUGGAAUCUCAAGUUCAGAAAGAUGGUGUAGCGGAUUCUACAGUUCUUUCUUCAAUGCGCUGCUUGUUGAUGGAGCUGAGAAGAGACUCUUCUGCGUCUCCAUCCACAGAGAGUGACAAGCCUACAACUGGCCGAAUUUAUGAGAGUGACUCCUCUAAUCACUGCAUGCUUUCCCCUUCCUCUAGUGAUCACCUGGCUGAUUCAGACACGUUGUCUUCCGCAGAAGAGAAUGAACCCUCUCAGGCAGAAAUAGCGGUAGAAGGAAACCCUUCAGGAGUGUCUGGUGCCACAGUUGAGCGCAAGUCUAGGAGGUCCCGAUCUGAAAGUGAAACAUCCACUAUGGCUGCCAAGAAAAACUGGCAAUCCAGUGAUAAACAGAAUGUUAAAGGUCAUCGGAGCCAAAAGCACAAGGAGAGGAUCAGGCUAUUGAGGCACAAACGGGAGGUUUCUGCAAGCAGUACAACCUGCUGCAGGACAGUAAGUAGUACCAGUGAUAGUGACCUGACUUGUGACUUAAGCACAAGCUCAUCCGAUGAUGAUGAAGAGGUUUCAGGGAGCAGCAAGACAAUCACUGCAGAGAUACCAGAUGGACCUCCAGUUGUAGCUCAUUAUGGUAUGCCUGACACCAGCUCUGACACAGAAGUGUUAAAUGUGUACAAUUUAUCGGCGGCUGCAGUAGUUCAAGAGCACAAUAAUUCUAUAGGCGGCCAGGACACAGGAACUACCUGGAGGACCAGCUGGCUUCUAGAGGAGCUGAAUGCAGAGGCAGGUCAUUUGCAUCCAGGAUUCCCAGCAAGUGACAAAAUAUCUGCCGGCAAUGCACCACUCAAUGAAGAAAUUAAUAUUGCCUCUUCCGAUAGUGAAGUAGAGAUUGUGGGAGUUCAGGAACAUGCAAGAUGUGUUCAUCCUCGAGGCGGUAUGAUUCAGAGUCCUUCUUCAUGGAAGCAUGGCUCGGGCACACAGUAUCUUAGCACCAGGCAGACACAGUCAUGGACUGCUGUGAUCCCCCAGCAGACUUGGGCUUCACCAGCAGAAGUUGUUGACUUUAUCUUGGAUGAGGAUAGCAGGCGUAAAUACCUACUGUGAUACAAUGUCACUGUGUUUCUCCUGCACUGUUCCCUUCCAAUUCCUCAUCUUUUUUGUGACAUGGAAGUUCAUUGUCAUGGCUUCAGCUUCAGAAGCUGCUUGUGGCAUUUGAAGGAUUCAAACUCAUGGAAAAUUCCCUCCUUUCCU